CGCGCGGUAUCCCUCUAAUAGCGAGCGCGUGGCAACUUUUAAAACGUCUGACCCCGAUUCAAAGUUCAUUCAGGGUCAUUCACCCACGUUUUCCUCAGUUUGAAUCAGUUUGAGUAGGUCACAAAAUCUUCACAUUCCUUUUAUUUUGGCUGGUAUUCACAUCGACACAACAAAUAUCCAGUUUGCAUUGGUAUUCAUGAUUUUUUUGUUCCGAAAUUAACGGGAAAAGUGACAAAUCCCACAAGUAGUUAUUUAUUACAAUCGAUCAAUAUUUCGAUUAUGUUGCCGCUAUUUCGAUACGGUUUACUGGUGUCAUUAUUGAGUUCCGUCCAGGCCGCAUGUCCGGGGGUACCAUGGCAGGAAUGGAACGGCCACUGCUAUAGACUGACGGCUACACCCGUCCCUUGGCACGGCAUCAGAGGUCUAUGCAAGACUCCAUUUCACCAGGCCGAUGUGGCUAGCAUUGCGAGCCAAGCAGAAAACGACUACAUUACGAAUACUAUUGCGGGAGGCAAGCGUGUCUGGAUAGGUAUGCGGUCUCACGGCCACAGCCGUUGGUGGUUGGACAACAGUCCCGUUCAGUUCACCAACUUUGCCUCCACGACGCAGACGACGGGCACCAAUGACGUCGUCGAGCUGGUGGGAGCCACUGGACAAUGGGAGGAGGUCUCCUCCUACGACGGCACCAAGCUGCACGGCAUCUGCAAAAUGCCCUCGUGCGACUGUCUGGCCGGCUGGGGACUGCAUGAAGGCACAUGCUACUUGUCGCAGCAGCUCCAGCUCGGCUGGGUGCACGCGCGCCAGCACUGCCAGCGACUGGAUCCGUCCGCUGACCUGGUCACCGUCCGCUCCUCGGCCAAGAACCAGUACGUGUUCAACCUGGCCGCCGGACGGUUCCCCACCUGGAUCGGUCUGAACGAUCGUGUCCAGGAGGGCGUCUACGAGUGGAGCAACCACGUUUCCCUGGGGUCGUACCUAAACUGGCGUCCGCCCACAGAGCCCAACGGCAUCGACCAUCGCGAGGACUGCACCACCAUGAUCGAGGACAAGAUGUGGGUCGACGCCGGCUGUCACACUACCGUGCUCGGAAAGAGCGUCAUCUGCGAGCAGGCCAUGUGCGGCCCGCUGGGGCCGGUGGAAGCGGAGCAGACCCGGCUCGGCUCCGAGCGCGUCUGGCGGCCGCAGGACGGCGUGCGCUGCCCGCUCGGCUGGCGCCGCAGCGGCGACCACUGCUUCAGCCAGCCCACGGCGGCCGACACGUUCGCCGGGGUGCAGAGCCGGUGCCGCGCGCAGCACCCGGACGCCGAUGUGGCCGUCAUUCACUCGUUGGAGGAUAACGACCAGGCGUUCCUGUCAUCCGGCACGCUGCCCAUGUUCAUCGCCAGCGACGGCCAGUUCGGCGUGUGGGAGGGGUCGGCCGCGUCCGGCGCCGGCUGCGCCUCGCUGCAGAACUCUGGUCAGUGGAGCAACACUCAGUGCGCCGCCGGCGUGCAGCCGGGCCUCUGCCAGGUGCCCGCCUGCACCCCGCAAUGUCCGACCGGCUGGCACCUGUUCGAAGGACAGUGCUACCGCGUCGACGACACCCGCAGGAAGGCGCCCGAAGCCGAGGCUGAGUGUGACAAGGCCGGCGGCCACUUGGCCAGUAUCCUCAGUCAGGACGAGAACGACUUCAUCAUAACAUUGGCGUUCCCGUCUUCCACCAGCGACAACACGAUGCUGUACAUGCUGAUUGGCGCGCGGCGCGACAACACCAGCACCGAUUGGGUAUGGAGCGACUGCAGCGACUGGGUCAUCUCGCGCUGGGAGGGCCGCGACGGCCACGGCUACGCCGCCAACGAGGACACGUGCGCCGUGCUCCGCUGGGACGGCCGCUGGCAGGGCUCGAUCGACUGCAGCCUGCUGGCGCUCCGGUCUGUGUGCAAGCUGGACCCGUGUAAGCAGCAGUUCGGCCCGCUCCACCGGCCCAUGUGCCCCGGAGACGAGCCGCCCACAACCACAACCACCACCACUACCACAACGACAACCACCACUACCACCGCCGCCCCCACCACCACCACCGCCGCCCCCACUCCCAGCAUCUCAGACUCCAGCAGCUCGGACUCUUCCUCAUCCAGCGUCAUCACAUCCAGCAGCAGCAGCACAUACCACGUGGUGAGCAGCUCCGGCACGAGCACGAGCACGGGCACGGACACGAGCGGCUCCGGCAGCGUCGUGUACCAGACGGGCACCAGCGCGUGCCCAGAGGACGGGCGUCAAUGGAUCGACGAGGGACACUUCUGCCUGACGGCCGUGCGCGCCGGGCCGGCCACCUUCCGUUCGGCGUUCCGCGCGUGCGAGUCGGCCACGGGCGGCCGGUUCCAGGUGACGGUGCCGGCGCUGCGCACGCUGGCCGACCGUGCGCCGCUGCUGCGGCUGGCCGCCGGCUCGGACGUCUGGCUGGGCCUGACGCGCCGCUGGACCAUGGCCUGGUACUGGCACGACCGGCGCCGCGCCUACGUGCUCGACUGGCAGACGCCGCCCACCCUGGCCACCCGCUGUGUGGCCAUGGACGCUAGCACCGGCGGCCUGGUGGCGCGCGACUGCUCCCAGCCGCUGCCCUUCUUCUGCCAGGCCCGCCGGCUGUACUGAGCAGACGGGACUGCAGACGACUCCGCCGCAACGAGCAUAACAUCGAACCGGACUUCAACAUUGUUGGAGGCGCACCGAUAAAACAACAUUUUUUAAUCAUUUCGCUGUUGUUUUACUUUGUUGCGGUUUUAGUUGGUCGUAAAUCAUGAAACGGUUUUUGAGAAAAUACAAAUCAUGGCAUAUA